AUGCAUGCCUGGGACCUGACAAUAACUCCUACUGCUGGGGGCCGGACAAGGAUCAGUGUCAACUUCGCCUGUCGGUCUAAGCGGAACGGUGACACUUGUGCAAGCUCCUGCCCACAGAAGCACCUUGUGAGCCCUUUCACAAGCCGCCAAGAACCCAAUCCUGAUUUUAAAUAUGAACUUCACGAUAUCUGCGUGAAGAAUUGUCCAGUUUCUGGCGGCGUUUCUUUGGGUAUUCCUCUGUCGAUUUACAACGCGGCCCACGUGGAGUUUCUUGGGUUCAAAAGCCUCCGUUACAUGGAUAUGGAUGCCUACUUGGAAGCAAUGCCAUCCCUUUGUUACACAAGUGCCCUUGAGAAGGUCAUUCCAGUCAGAACAAGAAACGUUAAGGACCCCGCAACGUGCAUAAGGGAGGGUCACGUGUGUCACAGCGAGUGUUUGCCCGAGGCAGGCUGCUGGGGUCCCGGUCCCUCGAUGUGCGCGCACUGCUGUGCUUUCGAAGCAGGCGGAAUUUGCGUUUCCAAGUGCUCCGACGUGCCGGGGUUCUACGCACCCUCUCAACUGGGAGCGGCUCUUGUGCAUGGAAGUGCAAUAUUCAACAACUCAGCUGCCUUCCAGUGUCGAACCCUGCCCCUGAAGAUGGAUAAAAUCGCCAAUCUCAAUGAAAGAGAUCUGCUUAUCUCAGUCCAGCCCGCACCGCAAUGUGCACGCUGUCAUGAGGAGUGUGCUGAAACCUGUAGUGGGCCCGAGGCUGAUCAAUGUAUCGGCGAAUGCAAACAUUUUAAGUCUGGUGAUCAAUGCGUCCGUCGUUGUUCUCGGGACCAGUAUGCUGACGAGGCAGCCAAGGCAUGUUUCCCCUGCAACCCCGUCUGUCUGCCUCCCACUAAAGCAGGCUUCCUUCCCGAAGAAGUGUCUUCAUGCUCUGGACCCGGUGGACACUUGGGGCUCGGUGGAUGUGCAUUCUGCUACUUCGUUCAGCGAGAUAAGGCAACAUCGACGUACAUCUGUUUAGAAGAGCGAUGUCCAGAAGAGCAUUUUGGCAACGCCACCCAGUUGAAAUACCUCGAUUUAACGAAAGAGCAACUCUCUUUGGGGAACCUUCAGGCAGCGAAUUUCGCUUUGCAGGAGUGCGUGCCUUGCGACCCUCAGUGCGAGGUCUGCGUUGGACCUGGGACACACAUUUCAGUUUGCCGCAAGUGUCGCAACUGGAUGUAUCGCUCCGAAUGCGUCACUACCUGCCCGCCUGAUGAAACUUACAUGCCGAAUACAACGACCGAGGAGGCGGGGCUAUCUGAAAGAGAAAAACUUAUGCUCGAAAGGAAGGAGUGUCUCCCGUGUCACCCUCAGUGCUCCGGAGGCUGUACGGCUUAUGGUCCAAAUUUCUGCAAAAAUUGUCGAUAUGCCAAAAUUGUUAUCGACGUUCAGAAAAAUGAGUUUAUUUGCAAUUCAACCUGUCCCCCUGAAAAGCCUUACAUAAUGGACAACACCAACCUCUGCCUGGACGAAGAUCAGUACGAAGAAAUCUCAGGCUCGAAAGCAGCGCAGGCGCGAAACCAAGUGCUCUUGGCCGUCGGCCUCGUCCUCCUCUUUAUCCUAAUUUUCUCCAUAGUCUUCGCUGUCCUUUGCUUUAACUACAAGGCCAAACGCAGUCGCAUUAAAGAAGCCCUGAAGUCCACCUACACCAACGUUAAGGCCCCAGACAUGAAGGAUGCGAAAGCAAGCAGAGAACCUAAUAUGGGGCGAUGGGAGAUGAUCAACAUAGACGACUUAACCUUCGAGGAUCCAGACAAUCCCAUUGGGAAGGGUGCCUUCGGCGAGGUCUUCAGAGGCAAAUGGCGUGUUCCCAAACGAAUUUUAAAUCAAUUUAACCUUGCCCGGUCGACGUCGCUUGACGUAGCCAUCAAGGUGAUAAGAUCGCCAACUACACCAAAUAACACGUCCGCCUCCGUUUCUGAUAGUUCUGCCUCGUCCACAGGUGCUCAACUCAAUGCUACUACCAUCGAACGUAUCUCGGCUAGGAGCAAUCUCCAGGACAUGCUGAGUGAAGCAAAGGUGAUGGCUUCGGUGCAACACAAAAAUUGUCUGCCCCUCAUUGGCGUCUGUUUGACACGCAAAAUGCAGUGCAUGGUGUCGGUUUUCGUGGAGGCUGGAAGUCUGGAUCGUUACCUUCGUCUGCACAAGGACGAGCUGAACAGCUUUACGCUUCUUUCAUGGGCUGAGCAGAUUGCGGACGGCAUGGCUUACCUCGAAGAGCGAGGAAUCAUUCACCGAGAUUUGGCCGCGCGAAACGUGCUUGUGCAAUCUCCCGAGCUCGUACAGAUCACAGACUUCGGGUUAGCCAAAAUGUUGGAUAAUAGCGAUGAGGACAGCGUCGUAGUACGCACUGGUCGCGUUCCAAUCCGUUGGCUAGCUAUUGAAACUCUUCAGGAUGGCAUAUAUUCACACAAAACGGACGUCUGGAGUUAUGGUGUGACGCUUUGGGAAAUUUUCACAUUCGGUAAGCAGCCUUACGAAAACGUGAGUACUGCUGACAUCAAAGAUCACGUAAUGAAGGGUGUGAGGCUGAGUCAGCCAGAGAUAUGCACGCUUGACACCUAUAUGGUCAUGGUACGAUGCUGGAUGGAGGAGCACGAGUCGCGGCCAACGUUCAUGGAGUUAAUGAAGUGCUUCCACAAAUACUGUCAAACACCAGGUCGAUACCUCUAUAUUGAGGGUGACGAAUACGCCAUUACGAGGAACACUCCGUAUACUCCGUCACCCGCACCUUGGACGGAGCUGCAGCCCCUUCCAAGUAGUUAUCGAGGUGUUCCCGAUGGGAUAGCGGGACCACCUAACGGAACUCCCUUCGGCUUCUCAGAAAACCAAUUCUUUGAUGACCAACGUUGUAGCCGACAGCGAUUAUUUGCUUGUCAGGAUACAUCUGAAGGAAAUGAGAACGCAGAGACGCAGUCCCUGCUGCCACACAGAAUCGGCUACGACCACCACCACCAUCAUAGUACCAGUUCACACCCCCGUCGUAUGUUCUUCCACUCGAAUGAGUCGCGCAUGGGAUACAACGGUGUCUCAACCCUGGGAAGCCAAUCGACAGCUACUGGAAGGUACGGCCGAGAGAGGCCUGUCAACGUCAACUCACCUACGAUCUCUACAAACCUCGACACCUGGCCAACUGCAGAUGGGACCAGUUCCGCUGGCAUUUGUGCCACACCAGACAUUCAACGGCAGUCAACUUCACCGAACUACUACAACGCAUCCGCUUUCUUAGCGAGUGGAGCCUAUGGACCAAUGAUACGACCUCCGCCGCCGCCACCGCCCAUUGCAGAGGCAGAACACGUCGAUGAUGUCGAAUUGGAUGCUACUGGGGACGUUAGUUACCUUCCCACCCUCGACCGACCCGUCGGACCGAAGUCGGCUGACGUUAGUGGAGGGAUGCGCUCCUCGGGAUCAACUAAGCCUCCUAUCGACCAGGAAGACUACCUCGAACCUCGAACGAGUGGUGAUGGUGGAAGGCCGUCUUCGGGAAGCAUGGCAGUCGAGAACCCCGGGUACUUUUCCAACAGACAGGAAUACCUUGAACCCUCGGCAGAGAGGGACUCGACCAGUCACCCGACAUCGUAA